GGCUUUGCCAUCUCUAUGACGUUAGGAAAAUGAGAAAAUUAUUUUGUGCUGAAAUUGUUAAGCAAGACAUAGAGAAUGGAUAUUAGACAAGUUAUUUAAUUAAUGGAUUUAACCUUGAUAGUAUUUAAAGUUAGAAAAGGAUAUUUUAAGAACUGUAGACUGUAAAUAAAGUUUAGCCAAGUUUUAGUUAAUUACGACUACGGGUAGUAAAAGCAUUCAUCUGCGGAACACUAUUUUUUGCCUUUAAAAAGCACGAGCAAUGUUGCACUCUGUUCUUUCUUUUACUAUCUUUUCUAGUUGAUUGUUUCCAGUCUGCUAGAACAUCACAAUAGUAAUAAAUAUUAAUAAUGAUAACCAUUCUUUUUAUCGCAAAUAGACUUUUUAGUACAAUGAGGUGUGGUCCUAGACCGGUUGUGCUUUGCGGGCCGUCUGGAUCGGGUAAAACUACUCUAUUAAAUAGAUUAUUUAAAGAGUUUCCGAAUACAUUUGGCUUUAGUGUAUCACAUACGACUCGCAAACCUCGACCAGCCGAACAAGAUGGCGUUCAUUAUUAUUUCGUAGAGAAAGAAGUAAUGAAAAAAAUGAUUGCCAAUGGAGAAUUCAUCGAAUCGGCUACAUUUAGUGGCAACAUGUACGGCACUAGCAAGGAAGCUGUAAGGAAAAUACAAGCCCUCGGUAAAGUGUGCAUUUUAGAUAUUGAGCCGCAGGGUGUUGAACAAAUCAAGAAAACUGAUUUAAAUCCUAUUUUAAUAUAUAAUAAUCCACCGUCAAUAGAAGCUUUGGAGCAACGAUUACGCAAACGCAAUACCGAAAGUGAAGAAACUUUAAACAAACGUCUCGCUGCUGCUCGCGAGGAAAUUGCUUACGGUCUUACUCCAGGCAAUUUUCAUAAAAUAAUCAAUAACAUCGAUAUCGAUGAAGCCUAUGAAGAUUUUCGUUCUUACUUGUUAGCCGAAUUAAAGGCGCAAGAACUUGAAGGUGUUACUAUUUGUUGGUAGAUCGGUUUAACGCCCUAAACUUGACUGUGCGUUUAAAUGUGUGUUUAAAUUAUAUUGCUAUGGAAAGGUAUUACAGCGAAAGUAAAGUUUAUGCAUUUUAUAUAAUGAUUUUUAUUUUAAUUUACGGUAACUGAUAAAUUAUUUGAAAUAAAGUAAA